AUGUCGGCCCCUUCGGACUCCAACCCAGCCUCCUGCAAGGUUAUGCUGGCCAAGCAUGUUGCCAAUGGCCUGCUCAGCGAAGUGCAAGAAGGCAUUAAGACUCUUGAGACCCCGCCGCACCUGGUUGGCUUCCUGGCGAACAAUGACCCUGCAGCUCUGAUGUAUGCGCAGUGGACGCAGAAGACUUGCGAGGAGCAUGGAUUCAAGUACACUCUCCGUGAAGUCUCCCGCGAUGACAUCGAAGAGGCCAUCCUGGACGCCAACACCGACUCCUCGGUCGACGGCAUCAUCGUCUAUUACCCGAUCUUCAACAACCGACAGGACCAGUACCUACAGCAGAUAGUCGAUGUUGGCAAGGAUGUUGAGGGUCUGACCCACCGCUACAUUUUCAACAUGUAUCAGAACAUCCGCUUCCUGGACCCCGAGACCAAGCGCCAAAAGUGCAUUCUGCCCUGCACCCCCCUGGCCAUUAUCAAGAUCCUCGAGUACCUCAACAUCUACAAUACUAUCCUGCCCUACGGUAACCGCUUGUUCGGCCACACUAUUUGUGUUGUCAACCGCUCCGAGGUGGUUGGGCGUCCGCUGGCCGCCCUGCUGGCUAACGACGGCGCCUGUGUGUACUCUGUUGAUAUCACCGGCGUCCAGAAGUUUACCCGUGGUGAUGGUCUUAAGAAGCAUCGUCAUGAGAUUGUGGACCUUGAGGGUGCCACUAUUAAGGACGUCGCACCCCUUUGCGACGUCGUUAUCUCCGGCGUGCCCGGUGAUAAAUACAAGUUCGACACUAGCCUGCUCCGAGAGGGUGCUGUCUGUGUCAACUUCUCCAGUGAGAAGAACUUCGGACCCGAGGUUAAGGAGAAGGCCUCCAUCUUUGUUCCUUCCAUUGGCAAGGUGACUAUUGUUGUCUUGCUGCGAAAUCUGCUGAGACUCAACCAGAAUCGCCGGCUGGAUGACAUCAAACCUGCUGCUGCCACUGAGCGGCCGGGUACCCUGGAGGCGUCUUCUUAG